ACAACAAGGUGAAGUUCAUCGUGAAGGAAAAAUGGUUCUGCAAUUUAAUUCUUUUCGCUCCGUGGUCGAUCCAAACUUCUGGCACAAGCUAGCAGAAAUUAAAAUUGACGUCGACCAGCUCGAUGACUCCUCAAAAACCGUCUAUGGAUUCUACACAAACCAAGAUACGCCAGAUUGUUUCAUGGAAAUUGAUUACUCGGCAUUUUCUACUGAUCCGAAACCCAUCAGAAAUCGUUUCAUGACCAAAGGCAUUUUAUUGAACAAAAACACAAUCGAAGAAUUCAAGUCGACUAACAAGCAGGAAGUGCUGAAUUUGAAUUCCGAGCUUUUAUGGCAAGCAAUUGAAGACGGUUCAUGUAUCAAAGACCCACGAUGGCUCUCAUUUUUCGUCCUCUUCUCCUUCGCUGAUCUCAAAAAACACAAUUUUUACUAUUGGUUUGCGUUUCCAGUGCCGGUCGAUCUGGUAAUAUCUGAAACUGAGGCUACGAAAAAAAUCGGCGACGCUCUAGGAGAGAAGCAGUUUUCAGAUUUGACCGAUUUUUAUUACUCCGGAAGUGAUGUGGUUGAACAAAAUUUCUUCGUGACAGAAAUUUCUGAUGAAAAAUUAAAUUUUAAAAAGUUGGAAGAAGUAAUUUCCACGCAAAAUAAUGGAGAAAGCAACUUUAAAGGCACGGAUUUGAAUAAAAUUCUCUUUUGUUUCUCGGAUCCGUCCCCGUUUGACCAUCCAGGAUGGAAUCUUCGGGUAUUUUUGUUGAUGCUAGUGAAACUCUGUCCAAAUUUGAGGUCAAAAUGGAUCAACAUCGCCUCGUUGCGACAAAAAAAUCGCAAGGGACUCGAUUCAAGUCUCGUUUUUCGCGUUAAAUUACCGGAUUCUGUGCCAAAGAGUGCUUCCGACAUGAAAUGGGUUGGAUGGGAGAAGAAUCCUCAAGGUCAAUUGAUGCCACGAGUCGCUCAAAUGGGGAAACAAAUGAAUCCAUUGCAACUCCAACAAGCGCUCAUCAAUCUAAAUUUGAAACUCGUCAAAUGGCGUCUUCUCCCGGAUUUGGACUUGGAUGUCAUUUCAACCACAAAGUGUCUCCUUUUUGGUGCCGGAACCCUUGGAUGUGGAAUUGCCCGUAGUUUAAUGGCAUGGGGCAUCAAUCACAUCACUUUUAUCGAUUCGGGAGUUGUAAGUUUCGCAAAUACCGUGCGACAGUGCUUGUAUACGUACGAAGAUGCAGUUUCCGGCGAGAAAAAGAAAGUUGAUGCUGCGGUCCAAAGACUGAAGGAAAUUAAUCCAAAUUUGAAUGUGGAAGGACAUGAUUUGCACAUUCCGAUGCCAAAUCAUCCGAUAGGAGAGAGUUUGAAAGAAAAGACGGUCCAAAAUUUGAAUAAGAUUAAGGAGCUGGUGCAGAGCCAUGACGCGAUUUUUUUGUUAACUGAUUCGCGGGAAAGUCGUUGGUUGCCCACUUUGUUGGGAGCGCAUCAUAAAAAGAUUGUCAUUAAUGCAGCCCUUGGUUUCGAUAGCUAUCUUGUAAUGCGACAUGGUGCUCGCAAUUGCGGCGAUGACUCAACUAAACCUAAAAUGGAAAUAGAAGGACUCAAAUGUAUUCCAGGAGAGCAUUUGGGAUGUUAUUUUUGCAACGACGUGACUGCGCCGGGCGAUUCACAAAAGGAUCGUACGCUUGACCAGCAAUGUACUGUGACGAGACCAGCUGUGUCCAAUAUUGCAUCCAGUCUCGCUGUGGAACUGUUGAUUGCUCUCUUGCAACAUCGCGACAGAAACCGUGCUCCAGCAUAUUACAAGACAUCAACCAGCUCUCGCAACAUCCCCGAAGACCUUUUAGGCAUCAUUCCGCACUCAAUUCGUGGCUAUUUGAGCACUUUAGAGCAAAUUAUUCCCGCAACGGAACAAUUUAAGCAAUGCAUUGCCUGCUCUGAUGCUGUAUUAAAAGAAUAUGAAGAGAAAGGAGACGAUUUCCUCUUCAAAGUAUUUGGCUCAUCAAAAUGUUUGGAAGAAAUUACAGGAAUUGAUAAAAUUAUGAGCGAAUUCGAGAAUGCCGAUGCAGAUUUUGACAUGCCCGAAGAUGUCGAUGAUGAUUUUUAA